CUGAGCUGGCUGCCAGGUCCUAAUGGGCAGGUCCGGCCCACCCUCUAGGAGAGGUGCUGCCCGCUGAGGCAUAAAAUCCCCGGAUUCUGGCUGCAGGCAGCUCCUGAGGCUGCCAGCAUGAAGGGGAGCAGUGCUCUCCUACUGGUGGCCUUCACCCUGUUCUGCAUCUGUGGGCUGGCCACAGGGGAGGACAACGCUGAGUUUUUCAUGGACUUCCUACAAACACUGCUGGUGGGGACCCCAGAGGAGCUCUAUGAGGGGCCCCUGGGCAAGUACAGUGUCAACGAGGAUGCCAAGGCAGCCCUGACGGAGCUCAAGUCCUGCAUAGAUGGCCUGCAGCCAAUGCACAAAGCACAGCUGGUCCAACUGCUGGUGCAAGUGCUGGGCAAUGCGGACAGUGCCUAAGUGGACCUCAGACGAGGCUCAGCCAUAGGACGUACCACACAAGCAGCCAUGGACAUGCCGCCCACCACCACCUCCCCACAUGGAAAUUCACCUCAAACCAUUAAUCAAUAAAGCCUUCUGCAGCGCAGGCUCUGAUUCCUGCCUCUCCCCUGACAGAGCCACAUA